CACUCAAAACGUUUACCGCCGGCACAACGGAAAACUACGCAACAACGCGGGAAGGGAGCCACUUUCACUGUCUUUCUCAAGCAAGCUUGCGUCGUGCCGGCCUCAACUCCGUCUGACUGUUUCUUUUGGAAUUUUUAAUAUAAGAGUCACAAGAGUUGAUCCCGAACCACUUUGACUAACCUCUCUUUGGACAUCUGUUCUGGAUUUUCUAUUUCAUUGGUCUCCAUCUGGAACCGGAAUGAAUGUUGUGACAACUCUGUCUCUUGGGGUCGAAUAGGAAUGGCUUCGAGGUCGUCCAAUAGGCCCGAGAGACAAGCGCACCAUCAUGUUCCUCAUCCACCACCUGGGUCUUCUUCUUCUUCUUCGUCUUCGUCUUCGUCUUCGUCUUCUAGAAGUGCUCUGGCUCAUGCUCAAACCCAUCAUAAUCCGGUUCGGGGGAAGCCCACCUCCUCUUCCAGACGCUCUGUCACCCCCACUUCCCGUACUCACUCUUUUGACACAGAUGAAGAUUCUGGAAGGGUGAGAGUUGCUGUCAGACUUCGACCAAGAAAUGCCGAAGAUCUCGUUUCAGAUGCUGAUUUUUCUGAUUGUGUUGAGUUACAACCAGAGCUGAAGCGGUUGAAGUUGAGAAAGAACAACUGGAGUUCUGAGUCUUAUAGAUUUGAUGAGCUUUUUACAGAAACUGCCUCUCAAAAGCGUGUUUACGAAGUGGUUGCAAAACCUGUAGUCGAGAGUGUAUUGAAUGGAUAUAACGGGACAGUGAUGGCUUACGGUCAAACAGGUACUGGAAAAACUUACACAGUUGGAAGACUGGGUAAAGAUGACCCAUCUGAGCGCGGUAUUAUGGUUAGAGCACUGGAAGACAUUAUUGCCAAUACAUCUCCUGCUUCUGACAGUGUAGAAGUCUCCUAUUUGCAGUUGUAUAUGGAAUCUAUACAAGAUUUGCUUGCUCCAGAAAAGACUAAUAUUCCUAUUAAUGAGGAUCCGAAGACUGGUGAAGUGUCAUUGCCUGGUGCUACAAUAGUUAAAAUACAAAAUCUUGAUCAUUUUCUACAACUACUACAAGUUGGUGAGGCAAACCGUCAUGCAGCUAAUACAAAGAUGAAUACCGAAUCUUCUCGUAGUCAUGCAAUUCUCACGGUUUAUAUUCGAAGAUCUGUCCACGAAAAAGUCAAUGAUGAGAUUAAUUCUCGAGAGAAGGGCAAUAGAAUUGAUGGUAACAACAUACCUAUAGUCCGAAAAAGCAAGUUGCUGAUUGUGGAUCUUGCCGGAUCUGAAAGGAUAGACAAAUCUGGAAGUGAAGGCCCAUUACUUGAAGAGGCUAAGUUUAUUAAUCUUUCUCUCAGUUCCCUUGGAAAAUGUAUAAAUGCGUUGGCUGAAAACAGCCCACAUAUACCUACUAGAGAUUCUAAGCUGACAAGAUUGCUUCGUGAUUCAUUUGGAGGCUCUGCGAGGACUUCACUUAUAAUAACAAUCGGGCCAUCUGCACGGCACCAUACAGAAACUGCUAGCACGAUAAUGUUUGGACAGCGGGCAAUGAAAAUAGUAAACAUGGUAAAGCUCAAAGAAGAAUUUGAUUAUGAAAGUUUAUGUCGGAAGCUUGAGAAUCAAGUAGAUCAUCUUACUGCAGAAAUUGAAAGGCAACAAAAGUUGAGAGAGGAUGACAAAUACGAAUUGGAAAAACGGCUCAGGGAGAAUCAAGACUCUUUAUCUGAAGAAAAAAAAGUUCUAGUCACAAGGUCUGAGUUUUUGGAAGAGGAAAACAAUCGUUUGGAAUCAGAGAUGAAAAGCAUCUUAAAUGAAUUAAACUAUCGCAAAGAUCUUAGCAAUUUGAUGCAUGAUAAAGUUGCACACCUGGAAACAUGUUUACAAAAUAGCAAGCAACACCAACUUGAAAAUUCUACAUAUCAGCAAGUACUAGCUGAUACCACUCAGAUGUAUGAGAAGAAGAUAGCAAAGUUGAUUAAACAGAUAGACGACGAGCGUGCUUCCUCUGAAAGUGCUCAGGAACAAUUAGAUUUGAUAAAGAAGCUCCUGAGCGAGCAUCAAAUGUCAAUUCAGAAACAUCAAACAGAAAAUUCUCGAUAUCAGAAGGCCCUUGCGGACACCACUCAGAUGUAUGAAAAGAAAAUAGCAGAACUAGUUAAGCAAUUACAGGAUGAGCAUGCCCGUUUUGAAGGUGCAGAACAACAAUUAGACUUGGCAAAGAGGCUCCUAAGUGAUCAUCAAAACUCAAUACAGGGGGAGAAAGAGAUUGAUGAACUUGGUUUGAGGUUGCAAGAAAUGUAUCAGCUACAUGAAAAUACUUUAAAUGAACUACAAUCAUUGAAAUCUGAAAAUGAAGAUCUACUAGAAGAGAAGGCAAAGCUAAAUGAAGAAUUUCAGUCUGUGAGGCAAAGACUAUUAGUAGAAGAGAAGCAGAGGAAGUCGAUUGAAAAUGAGCUGGUUAAACUAAAGAGGGCUGCACCUGACAAUGAGAAUGCUUUUGAGGACAAGAAAUCUUAUAUGAAGGAAGACACAAGCAAACAAUCUCCAGAAGUUGGGAACCGAACAGGUUCAUAUAGGUCAAAUCCAUUGAGGGAGACUUUCUCUGGUCAGAGGGCCACAAUUGCAAAGAUAUGUGAAGAAGUUGGGCUUCAAAAGAUUUUACAAUUAUUGGCAUCUGAAGACUCUGAGAUCCAAAUUCAUGCUGUGAAGGUGGUAGCCAAUCUUGCUGCUGAAGAUAUUAAUCAGAAAAGGAUUGUGGAGGAAGGAGGUUUAGAUGCUUUGCUUAUGCUGUUGCGAUCAUCAGAAAAUACAACUAUUCUUAGAGUGGCUUCUGGUGCAGUUGCCAAUUUGGCAAUGAAUGAGACGAAUCAAGGCUUAAUAAUGGACAAAGGAGGUGUUCAGCUUCUAGCAAAGACAGCAUCUAAAACAGAUGAUCCACAAACUUUAAGAAUGGUUGCUGGCGCACUUGCGAAUUUAUGUGGAAAUGAAAAGCUACUCAUGGUGCUGAAAGACGACGGAGGCAUCAAGGCGCUCCUGGGAAUGGUUAGAUCUGGGAGCAGUGAUGUCAUUGCACAGGUUGCUAGAGGACUGGCUAACUUCGCAAAAUGUGAAUCCCGAGGAAUUAUUCAAGGACGUAGAAUGGGUUGUUCACUUCUAAUUGACGAUGGUGCACUUGCGUGGUUAAUUGCCAACUCUAAUACUACUUCAUCUUCAACCCGACGCCAUAUCGAGCUUGCUCUUUGCCAUUUAGCACAAAACGAGGACAACGCCAAAGACUUAAUAUCUGGUGGUGGGGUGAAAGUGCUUAUACAAAUUUCAGAGGAGUCCAGUAGAGAAGAUAUCCGCAACUUAGCAAAGAGGAUGCUUAGAUUGAAUCCGUCACUUAAAGCUAAGAUGCAUGAGCAAUAGUAUUCAAAUGUACAGGCCUUGCAAUCUUUUUGUAUUGGUUAGAUUAGCUAUACAAACACACAAUCCACAACUACAGAGUAUAAACCCAGAGUCCUAUUCUGGGAUUACUUUGAGCUUGUCACUUUUGAUGGCUAAUUUAUGGGAAAAUGUAGUGAAAUUUCUCUC